CAAAACCUCUCUCUCUCCUCCCCUCUCCCUUUCUCUCUCCUCCACCUCCCCAGCCCCUUGCGAUCUCCACCUCCCCCACCGCCCCCCGUAACCCACUUCCGGGUGGGCCCCCACAUCGCCGCCGGCGACCCCGCGCCUCCUCCCGUCCCAUCCCUCCCCGCCCACCGGUCCGCGCCGCGCGCGUCCCUCCGGCCAUGACGACCUCGCCGCCGCCCCCGCCGCCAGCUGAGCAGCAACAACAGGAGGAAGAGGAGGUGCUCGUGCCGCACCAGGAGCUGCCCAACGGAACGCAGCCAAUGGAAGUUGUGCCUGCUGAGCCAGCUGCUACUGUGGAAAACCAACAGAUAGAGGAUCCACCAAUCUCGAGAUUUACUUGGACCAUUGAGAAUCUAUCAAGAGUUAGCACAAAGAAGCUCUACUCCGAAGUUUUUGUUGUCGGAGGCUACAAGUGGCGAAUUUUGAUUUUCCCACGAGGAAAUAAUGUUGAAUUCUUGUCUAUGUAUUUGGAUGUGGCCGAUUCUGGAGUCUUGCCCUAUGGAUGGACUAGAUAUGCACAGUUCAGCCUCUCUGUGGUUAAUCAAAUCCACAACAAGUUUACAAUAAGAAAAGAAACACAACAUCAGUUCUCUGCUCGAGAAAGUGAUUGGGGUUUCACUUCAUUUAUGCCGUUGGGUGAACUCUACAACCCCAGUAGAGGUUAUCUUGUAAAUGAUACUUGUAUAGUGGAAGCUGAGGUUGCUGUGUGUAAAGUUGUUGAUUAUUGGAGUUAUGACUCUAAAAAGGAAACUGGUUAUGUUGGUCUCAAAAAUCAAGGUGCUACUUGCUACAUGAAUUCUCUUCUACAGACGCUGUACCACAUCCCGUAUUUCAGAAAGGCUGUUUAUCACAUGCCCACAACUGAAAAUGAUAUGCCCUCGGGAAGCAUUCCGUUAGCUCUGCAGUCACUGUUCUAUAAGUUGCAGUAUAACGACAGCAGUGUCUCUACGAAGGAGCUCACAAAAUCAUUCGGGUGGGACAUGCAUGAUUCAUUUAUGCAGCAUGAUGUUCAAGAGUUAAAUAGAGUUCUUUCUGAGAAGUUGGAAGAUAAGAUGAAGGGAACUGUUGUGGAGGGCACAAUACAACAAUUGUUUGAAGGGCACCACAUGAAUUACAUCGAGUGUAUCAAUGUGGAUUUCAAAUCAACAAGAAAAGAAUCCUUCUAUGAUCUCCAGCUUGAUGUCAAAGGUUGUCAGGAUGUCUAUGCUUCAUUUGAUAAGUACGUUGAGGUGGAGCGUCUGGAAGGUGACAACAAGUAUCAUGCCGAACAGCAUGGCCUUCAGGAUGCAAAGAAAGGAGUUCUUUUCAUUGACUUCCCUCCUGUUUUGCAACUUCAGCUAAAACGUUUUGAAUAUGAUUUCAUGCGUGAUACAAUGGUGAAGAUUAACGAUCGGUAUGAGUUCCCACUUCAGUUGGAUCUUGAUAGAGAUAAUGGAAAAUAUUUAUCACCUGAUGCUGACAGGAAUGUGCGGAAUCUUUACACCCUUCACAGUGUUCUUGUCCAUAGCGGUGGUGUUCAUGGUGGACAUUAUUAUGCUUUCAUACGACCUACUCUUUCUGAUCAAUGGUUCAAGUUUGAUGAUGAGCGUGUAACAAAGGAAGAUGCAAAGAAGGCACUGGAAGAGCAAUAUGGCGGUGAGGAGGAGCUACCUCAGACAAAUCCUGGCUUAAACAACACUCCUUUCAAGUUUACCAAAUAUUCAAAUGCAUAUAUGCUUGUGUACAUUCGUGAAAGUGACAAGGACAAAAUUAUAUGUAAUGUGGAUGAGAAAGACAUAGCGGAGCAUCUUCGUAUUAGAUUGGAAAAAGACCGUGAAGAGAAGGAGCGCAGGAAAAAAGAGAAAGCUGAGGCACACCUCUAUACCAUCAUCAAGGUUGCGAGGGAUGAUGACUUAAAAGCUCAGAUAGGGAAAGACAUAUAUUUUGAUCUUGUUGAUCAUGAUAAAGUUCCAAGCUUCCGUAUCCAAAAGCAGAUGACCUUUACUCAAUUCAAGGAGGAGGUAGCGAAGGAGUUUGGUAUUCCAACACAGUUUCAACGAUUUUGGCUGUGGGCCAAGCGGCAAAACCAUACUUACCGGCCCAACCGACCAUUGUCUCCUCAAGACGAAGCGCACACUGUUGGGCAGUUAAAGGAACUGGUGAACAAGGCCCACAACGCUGAACUGAAAUUGUUCUUGGAAGUUGAACUUGGACUGGACCUUAAGCCCCUUCCUCUUCCAGAGAAGACAAGAGAAGAUAUAUUUCUUUUCUUCAAACUCUAUGACCCUGAAAAGGAAGAGCUGCGGUAUGUUGGUAGGCUCUUUGUAAAGGCUUCAGGAAGACCACAGGACAUUCUGCCAAAGUUAAGGAUGUUAGCGGGUUUUUCACAAGACGAUGAUAUUGAACUUUAUGAGGAAAUUAAGUUUGAGCCCAAUGUGAUGUGUGAAUACAUUGAUAACAGGCUUCUGUUUCGAUCUUGCCAGCUUGAAGAUGGGGACAUAAUUUGUUUUCAAAAAUCUCCAAAGCCAGAUAGUGCUGACCGAUAUAGAUUCCCUGAUGUCCCGUCCUUUUUGGUGUAUAUACGUAACCGACAGGUGGUCCACUUCCGUUCACUGGAGAAGCCCAAGGAGGAUGAUUUUUGUCUAGAGAUGUCAAAGAUUUUCACGUAUGAUGAAGUUGUGGAAAAAGUGGCUCAAAAACUUGGAGUGGAUGACCCAUCGAAAAUUCGACUUACAUCACAUAAUUGUUAUUCGCAACAACCUAAGCCUCAACCAAUAAAGUACAGAGGCGUUGAACGUCUACUGGACAUGUUGAUUCACUAUAACCAGACUUCUGAUAUUUUGUACUAUGAGGUAUUGGACAUACCACUUCCAGAAUUACAAGCGCUGAAGACAUUAAAAGUUACUUAUCAUCAUGCCACAAAAGAUGAGGUGUCAGUUCACAGUAUAAGAUUGCCAAAGAACAGCACUGUUGGCGAUGUGCUAAACGAUAUCAAAUCGAAGGUUGAGUUGUCUCAUCCCAAUGCUGAGCUAAGAUUACUUGAGGUCUUUUAUCACAAGAUAUACAAGGUUUUUGCACCAAAUGAAAAGAUAGAAAACAUUAAUGAUCAGUACUGGACAUUGCGUGCAGAGGAGGUUCCAGAGGAGGAGAAAAACCUUGGUCCCUUUGACCGCUUGAUUCAUGUAUAUCAUUUUACAAAAGAUACUCAAAACCAAACGCAAGUUCAGAACUUCGGAGAGCCAUUUUUUAUGGUUAUUCGUGAGGACGAAACCCUAUCUUCUAUCAAGGAACGUAUACAGAAAAAGCUUAAGGUUCCAGAUGAGGAUUUCUCAAAGUGGAAAUUUGCAUACAUUUCACUUGGCCGUCCAGACUAUUUUGAAGAUUCAGAUAUUGUAGCUACAAAAUUUCAGAGAAACAUGUAUGGAGCUUGGGAGCAGUAUCUUGGACUGGAACAUCCAGACACAGCUCCUAGGAAGGCACACACGGUUAAUCAGAACCGGCAUUCAUUUGAGAGACCUGUAAAAAUUUAUAACUAGGCAAGUUAGGAAUUUGAACGAUGAGCCACCACCCAAUACCAAGCAAGGGCUGAAAUUGCUGGCUUGAAAUAAAGUGUGCCAUAGUCGGGGCGUGUUGCUCAGGUUUUCAUCGGAGCUGUUGAGCUAGUUUCAGAGGAGGCUUUUUCAGUAUGAUCGGGGCAGCAUCUCCUCGUCUUUCCCCGCUUUGCCCUAGAUAUAUAAAGUUGUGCAGAGAUGACCCCACCGAACCAUUGUCUUUCAGUAGAUAAGCUGGUAUUUCCCGUUAGGUGACUUUAUACAGUCGAAUAGCCAACGUUUUUAGUCGAUCACUUUGUUCAACAGUUGUUGGUACUAGGAGGCCUGGAGCUGUUAUGGGUACUGGUCCUGUAUAUUAUUGUCGCGGAGUGUAAAAGCCUCAGUCGUUAACAAUCACACGAUGUUUGUAAUUCUCAAUGAUAUAUUUCUGCGUCUUUUUGCA